CGGGCGCGCGUGCGGGAGCGUGUGCCCGUGCGCGGGAGCGUGUGCGGGGCCGGCCGCGCAGGAUGCUGGUGCUCGGCGCCGCCCGCCGCCUGCUGCGCCCGCCCGGGGACCUGCUGCCGCCGCCGGCGCUCGCCUGCCUGUGGGCAGCCGGUGCCCGCGCUUGCAGCGGGGCCAGCGCCGGCCCGCCGAACCCGGUGGUGUACUUGGACGUGGGCGCCGACAACCAGCCGUUGGGACGCGUCGUGCUGGAGCUGAAAGCUGAUGUGGUUCCAAAGACGGCAGAAAACUUUAGAGCUCUUUGUACUGGUGAAAAAGGAUUUGGGUAUAAAGGAUCCACUUUUCACAGAGUGAUUCCUUCAUUUAUGUGCCAGGGUGGUGACUUUACAAAUCAUAAUGGAACUGGUGGAAAAUCCAUUUACGGCAGCAGAUUUCCAGAUGAAAAUUUCACGCUUAAGCACAUAGGACCUGGUGUUCUCUCAAUGGCCAAUGCAGGACCCAAUACAAACGGAUCUCAGUUCUUCAUUUGCACUGCAAAAACUGAAUGGCUAGAUGGAAAACACGUUGUUUUUGGGCAUGUAAAGGAAGGAAUGGAUGUCGUGAAAAAAAUUGAGAGCUUUGGUUCCAAGAGUGGAAAGCCCUCCAAAAAGAUUGUCAUUACUGACUGUGGCCAGCUGUCAUAGCCUUUUGCCCUACCGUUCAUGACGACUUCGAUGCUGUGAAAAAUUAAUCCUAAAAUUCCCCAAACAUUUCUGAUCCCAUGAGUAGCACCUAUAGAACUAUAUUUUCUAUUUAACUUUGUCCAACUUUUAUACUUCUAUUGAAUAAUACUGAUUAAAAGCAUAAAGCAAUAACUGAAGUAUGUUUUAACUGAGCUACCUUAGUAGUCACACUGAUUUGGUAGUCCCAUUGUCUUUUUAAAGAAGCCAUACGGUCACCCUGAGCAUGUCUGACUGCAGUGUUGAAUGUGGUUCUUAGUAUUUGGAUGUUUCAGAUGUUAGAGUUGGUGGUAGAGUUGACAACUAAAUAUUCUGUAGUUGAUGGUUAGAUAUAAAUUGAGAAAUACCAUGUUUCCUUUGGUGCUAAUAAAUGCCUAGCCUCUUGUUCAUCUCAUUGUUCUGAAAAAAUACACCAUAACUAGGGCUUUCAAGGCUGUCUGCAACAAGACUCUCAGACCUCAUCUUUCUGUGUCUCAGUUUAAAUCUAUCCAAUAGAAUGAAUGUGUGGUGGUUGGGGGUUUUUUAAUUUAAUGCUGUUUUAAUCAUUUUUUUUGUUGUCUCAGACCACUGUUUAAAACUGAGCUCUACCUUACUUGCUUCAAUGGAGCAAUUUGACUUCUGGGUUAAGCAGAUUACUUUAGGUUUAGCUGUACCAGGGCAAUAAGACCACAAAUUAGCCAAAAGAGCUUGGGACUUUUUUAUUAUGCAACUGUGAACUCACUUGAAGUGUGUUUCUGCUCGGAGAUCUGGUUCUGUGAGGAAUAUGGCACAAGUUCUCAAUAGAUAAGCCUGGUUUUGCACCUUGAGAAUAUAAUCAGUGUAGCAAGCUUACUUGAGUGAGAAAUAGGUUUCAUUGCUUUUUGGUUUUGGGUGGGUUUUUUUGGUCCUGUGAAGUCAGCCUACCGUGCAUAUUACCUGGAUUGUGAUGUUUUGGUUUUUUUCUCAUGUGUGAUCAGCAGAAGUCAAAAUUGGUUACCGUGGAAUCACAAUACCUAAUUGGUGCAGCAAAAUCAUGGUUGGGGUUGAUACACAAAAGGUAAGAAUUCAGCUGAUCAGACAAACACAUUUCAUUUGUAUAAACUGGUAUGUUUGAUGUGGUGUGCUUGAGCAGUAACAUGCUGGAACCUCACAACGUGACUUAGAAUCACUAAGGCUGUAAAGUAUUAAUGCUUGUGGGAAAAAUCACUUGACUGUUUUUUGUGCACUAAUCUUGUUACUGAAGAGCAAAAUAAGAUGUAAUGGCUCUCUUCAAAUGUGAAUUUGCUUCCACUGCGUUCUGAUAAUACAUGGGUUUAAAACUA